AUGGAGAAAAGGCUUGUCACCCCGCAAACUGGAACCUCUUGGGCCAAUGAGGGUCCACUUGGCACGACUCGUCUCAUCCCGUCCAAGUCCCAGGAAUACCGUAUCGUCGUCGCCUUUCCAACUGCCUCCCGCUUGUCCGAGCAAGAUCCCCACGAUCCCCCUUCCAACGUCCACUUGGUCUGUGAUACCGUACCAACCCGGAGCUCGUCACUGGUCAGACAAAGAAAGCAGCCUGCACAUCCUCUCGCUCCUCGCUUCUCGGGCCGCCGCGAUACACUUUACGGUUCCUCCUCCUGUGUCGGUGGUGUCCCUCUCGCUGGAAUCGCAACUGGAACCUCGCGCCUGAAUGCCCCAAAGUUACCGGCGAAAACGAGUAAUUUACCGCCACCCGUAACCAUCCUUUGCAGAAUUCCAGGCCAAGGGCACGACGACCACCACAACGUCAUUGUCGCCAAGGGGGGUUCAGAACCACAGUCCAUCCCAUCUCCAGCACAUGCUUUGAUCCACGGGGAAGGGCUUGGACUCAUAGUCUAG